AUGACAAAAAUCACAGCAAAUGAUUUUCCUGAAUUCGAUAAGAAAUUAAAUGAACUACUUGAAAGAAAGCCACCUGGGACUAGUGCUUCAAAAAUAAAAGAUCUAACUAAAGUAGCUUUGAGUAGCCCAAAGCAAUACAAAAAUAUAGUUUACAGUAUACAAAAGUUUAUUCAAAGAUGCCCAUCUGAUUAUAAAUUGGGAGCAUUAUAUGUGUUAGAUUCAAUAUCACAAACUGCUCAAAAACAAAAAGGAUCAGCAAUGACAAAAAAAAAUGAGUCAUCAUCAAUUGCAUCCAAAGCUUCAUCAUCUUCUUUGUGGACAGGAAUAGAAUAUAUCGAUAGAUUUGAGAAACUGUUAGAAGAAAUAUUUACACAUAUAAUGCAAUGUCCGGAGCAUGAUAAGGAUAAAGUGAAACGUGUUCUUGACCUUUGGUAUGACAAAGAAACUUAUAACAAGGAGAUUAUUCAAAGAAUAAAAGACAUCUAUUUUAAUCAAAUCACUCCACUCACUCAAUUGGUUAACAGUGUUAAUGAGACAAAAUCAGUAAAUGUUUCUUCUUCUAAUAAUGAUUCUAAUAACAUGGAUUCUUCAACAUUAUUGGCCACUUUGAAUAAUCUUACACAAGGAGCUUUAAACAUCCCAUCAUUCCUAUCAUCUAAUCCAAUACCUAAUGCAACAAUUCCUUUCAACAAUCUUCCUGUCAACUCUAACCAACCUCCUCAUCCACAUGCAAUUCCACCUCAUCAAACUCAACAACAACCACCACUCACUUCAUAUGUGACAAAUUUUGCACCAAAAUUGAAUAACCCUUUAGAUUUCGAUUAUGGUGAUAUGGAUGAAAGUGAUGGCACACCACCAAGAUCAUCAAAUCAACAGCACAAAAAAGAACAUACCAUGAAACAAUCUCCAACAGAUCCUACCUGGAAUAGUAAUGGUACUCAACAAAAUCUUACGCAACCUGUCCCAUGGAAUCCAAAUACUCCAUUGCCACCCCAUCAAUUUGCAGUGGCACAACAACCAAAUGGUCCUUUUGUACCUGCUCCAACAACAUCACCACAACCAUUACCACUAGGUUAUUCUGCUCCAUCAACAAUACCUGGUCAUCCAUUACCAUCUUCAGCCACUCAUCAAUUGUUGCCUAAAGUAUCAACAUCAUCAUCCGCUGUUAAUAAUGUUGCUACUACCAAUACUACUGGUGCUGGUGGCAUUAAUCUGUCUCAACAACAGCCUGGUCAAAUAUCUGCUCCGAUUAAUCCAGUUACAACAAUUGCUCCAGAUCCAAGUGUUGGAAUGGAAUAUAUCAAAGUUUUAAGUCGAACACUUUAUAUUGGUAGUGUUUCAGAAGAUAUGCCUAAAAAUGCUAUGCAAGAAAUGUUUACCAAAUUUGGACCUGUCUCAGUUGUUACGGUAUUAUUAAAUAAAACUUAG